CUCUCUCUCUCUCUCUCUCUCUCUCUCUCUCUCUCUCUCUCUCUCUCUCUCUCUCUCUCUCUCUCACACACACACACACACACACACACACACACACACACACACACACACACUCUGAGCCCCACUGACGCUGAGACAGAUCCACCCCCCUUUCUCUCUCUCUCUCUCUCUCUCUCUCUCUCUCUCUCUCUCCAGUCACUCUAUCCCUCCAUCAUCUCUUCUCCUCUCCAUCCCGCAUUUCUUCCUUCUGUGUGAAGAAGACCCUGCCGCAGCAGGAGGAAGGAAUGUGUGAGGACCCGCCGCGCCGUGCGCGCUCCCGUGCAGAGCGCGUCGGGGGCGCGCGCCGGCGGAUUUAGUCUCCCCCGGUCAGACGCGGAAAGCGGAGCGGCGCGAGCGAUUAAUCUCGGGGUGUUUUUUUUAAAAAUUACUAUUCUUGUUCCUCUUGGUUUCCGGCUCAUGGGACUAGCGCGGCGGAUCCCGAACACCCGGGGACGCGGAUCGGCACCGGGAAUGAGCCGUUAGUCCCGACUACACAACUUUACUCCGGUGUGUGUGUUGUAUUGGGGUUUUUUUUCUUUUCUUUUUUCUUAACGGUGCAGACUUCUGCUCCUCGCGCGCUCAUGGAGCGAUCGGCAUCGCUGGACAUCGAGGCGCUGAAGAUGACCCAGGAGCAGUAUAUAUUGGCGUCCCAGUCGAGUGCUCUCCAGAGGCCGGGUUGCCCUGCUCCGUACCCAGUGGGCAUCUACGGUUGGCGUAAACGCUGUCUCUACUUCUUUAUCCUCCUCCUCCUUGUCACCAUGAUUGUCAACCUUGCACUCACCAUCUGGAUCCUGAAAGUCAUGAACUUCACAGUGGACGGGAUGGGUAAUCUACGCGUGACCAAAGAAGGCGUGAGGUUAGAAGGUGUCUCCGAGUUCCUUCUUCCUCUGUACGUGAAGGAGAUUCAAUCGAGACGGGACAGUCCACUGAUCCUGCAGUCAGACCGGAACGUAACGGUGAACGCGCGGAAUGACCUCGGACAGCUCACAGGACAGCUCACUGUUGGAUCAGAGACGGUGGAGACUCAGUGUCAGAGGUUCGAGGUCCGGAGUUCAGACGGAGACAGAGUUCUGUUCUCCGCAGAUGAAAACGAGGUCAGCAUCGGCACUGAGAAGCUGAGAGUGACAGGUAACGAGGGAGUCGUGUUUGCUCAUUCAGUUGAGACGCCGCACAUUCGAGCCGAACCUUUCCAAGACCUAAAGUUGGAGUCUCCAACGCGGACUCUGACGUUGGAAGCGCCGAAAGGAGUGGAGGUGAAUGCAGGAGUGGGGGAGUUCAGAGCGUCCUGCAGGAAAGAGCUUACUCUGGAGUCUUCUGAGGGGGAGAUCUUUCUCAACGCCAAGUCCAUCCGCAUGCCCAAUCUUCCUCACGGUAGCGUGGACCCGCUGCUCAGCCCGGGCACCAGCUACCCGAAACACACCGUGUACGAGGUGUGUGUGUGUCCGAGCGGCAAGCUCUACCUGUCCCCCGCUGACAGCGCCUCCACCUGCCAGACCACCAACAGUGUGUGUUUAUGGAGCUGAGAGCGGCGUGGGGGCUUCGCCCGACACCAGAAAGGCCUUCCUUUUCUUCCUCCGUCCCUCUUUCCUUCCUCAUCCUGUUCACCGCCAUAUUCACGUCAGCACCUCCACUGACACGCAUCGGAAUACUAUCGGAUCGGACAUUGGUGGAAAACGGAGGAUUUGGUGUUACUUGGACGGAUGAUGUUUUUUUUUAUUUAUUGAUUAUUCACACUUCCUUCAGUUCAGUUUCCUAUUUUGAGUUCCUUAUCCAUUUCCUUCGUUUUUCUUUUGAUCAUUUGCAUUAUUUUCCCCAUUCCUUUCUUCUUUUCCCUCCCUUCUUCCCUCCUUCCUUCAGGAAUUCAGGAAUCGGAACAAACUCGGCUCGAUCGCAGCCUCAUCUUCCCAAUCUGUAAAUGGAGCAAAAGCACGACUUGGAGCGGUUUUUCUCUCUCUCUCUCUCUCUCUCUCUCUCUCUCUCUCUCUCCAUCUCCUCUUGUUUUUGGUACUCCUAUUUUUGUACGACCCUCUGCCCCAGUGGAGGCUUAUGGGAAAAUUUGACGAGAGGCCGGACGAGGCUAACGAAAACGAGCACAUGCUUGCUUGUGCACUCUCGAGUGGGUGUGUGUGUUUUUCUAAAGAAGCGAUACACAGGUGCCUUUGCUGUUGUCGGAAAAGCACACGUUCACCCGCAACCAUCCUCCCGUCGCAGCAGAACACACCGGCAAAAAGAGGAACGCUAAUUAACGUCUAUCUCCGUUUGUGAAACCAGUUCAAACAGGAAAGACGCAUCUAAUGUAGUCCAAUUUCUUUCUUUUUUUCCUUUGGACUUUUCUCUUUUUUGGGAACAAAGCACAAGAUUAUGCCAUGUAUAUAAGAAACUCAAUAAAUAAUAAUAAAAAGAGAAAGUUUAUUUUAAACAUUUUGUAUCCAAGGAUGUUUUGAUGAUCAUUGUUUUUAAUCUUCGCAAUUUUUGCCCCCCCCCAAAAAAAAAGAAGAAAA